UGAAACCUCACUGAAUGUUUAUCACAUCAUCUCGGGCUUCAGCUGCUUCAUCAAGAGAAACAACAGCACUUAUAUCAUCUGAUGUUUUUUAAUGUCCAUCAGCAUGUGGUUUCUCAUUGUAUUUUUAAUCAGUAUGGAAGAUCUGGUGACCGGUGGAUGGGACGAGUUAAAGACAGUGAUGGAGAGAGAGGCUCUGACUUUGCAAACAGGAAUAUCUGAACUCAGAGGAGAUGAUGAGACCAUGUGGCUCUUUACAGUUGGCAGCCAAACCACCCGAAUAGCACAGAUGUACCGUAGUAAAGUAUGGCUUCAUAAGAGACUGUCUGACCGACUGCAGCUUGACCAGCAGACAGGAUCACUGACCAUCAGGAACAUCAGCGUCAGUGAAUCUGGACUUUAUACGCUCGCUCUCACCAUCAAUGAUUUAAUCUCUAGGAAAACAUUCAGAGUCGAUGUAUAUGCACCGGUUUCUGUUCCUGUCAUUAGUGGUGGCUUAUUGGUCAAUGCAAACCAUGUUAAUGAAUUUCAGAAUAGAGAUUUCUGCUCUGUGUUCUGCUCGGUGAAGAAUGAUCGAGACGUGUCUAUCUCGUGGUAUAAAGGGAGUGAAAUAGUGAAUCAGAACAGCAAUCCUGAUCUCAGCAUCAACCUCAGUUUAUCAUUAGAUCUUCAUUAUAAUGAUUCAGAGACCUACAGAUGCACGGCUGUGAAUCCAGUGAGCAAUAAGAGCGUCCAUCUUCACAAGAAAGAGAUCUGCUCACCACAGGAAGCACCGGUUUCUGUGCCGGUCAUCACUGGUGGCUCUUUGGUCAGUGCAAAUCAUUCUGAAGAUUGUGUGGAUCACUGUGGCAUCUCUGAGGCUCUGGUUCGUCUGGUUCUGUCUGGUCUGGUGGGAAUCGCCGCUGUUGGAUUUCUUAUUGAACAUCUGAUGCUCUGCUCAUCUCAGAGAAGAGCUGUUUCUUCUGUGUGAUGGUGAUACUUCUGUGAGACCAACCAACAUGUCAUACAGAUGGCAUACAUGGGGCUUUAAUUAUGAGUCAAGUCACCUUUAUUUGUAUAAUGCUUUAUACAGUGUUGGUUGUGUCAAUACAGCUUUAAUAACAAAAGUCAUUUUUCAAGUCUCACAUUACUGUAGAUCAGAGUUAUCCUAGCAUUCACAUCAAAGUGAUCUUUCUUUACAAAAUAAUGCAGUUCAAUGAAAUUAAAACCCUUAAAAUGGAAAGCAGUGCCAGUGGAGCAGGAAGUGGUUUAGUGGUUUGUGUUCUCCAGUGGCAUGCAAUGGUAAAACAGAACAAAACUAACCAUUAAGUGCCAUAGAAAUGUGUAUGUUUAAGCCUUUUACCAGUAAAGAUUUGAUAUUUUUGCAGAACAUUUGUACCUCAAUGAAACAAGUUUAUCACACCUGCUGCAACCUUCAUAGUAAAAUAAUAACAUUUUCUUGAGAAUUUGAAAAUCUAGUCCAUAUAUCGAGUCGAUCGUUCAACAAAAGAAUAAAAACACUUUUUUUUCCUUCAAUUAUUUUUAUUUUAAAAGUGAAAAAUGUGCAAACGUUAAGUUAAUAUUAAAAUAAUUUAGAGCAUAAACUAAAAUACAGAAUAUUUAUAAAUAUAUUUUAUAAAUACAUACAGAAGCAGCACUUCUUAAAUACAUACUGUGGUCUUUAGGUUUAGUUAAAGAGGAAUAAACCUUGGGAGAUGUCCAGCCCUCCUCGUCAGAAUGGCACAAUACUGUCUCUAUACUAAUUACAAAGGCAGUCGUAUAACAAUCAAACACAGUGGUGUAAUACACAGUAUAUAUAAACAGAAGCAUUUGCCACACACUCUUAUACAGAGUAAUAUGUACUUUAGCUUAUCAAGACUUUGUUAAAACAUGAAAUGUAGAAAAACCCUGUUUAGGAUUGAAGGCAGUCCAUGGGAUCCAGGGGCGGACUGGCCAUCUGGAGCAAUGGGACUUUUCCCAGUGGGCCGCUGGCCAAUGGAAAACACAACAGCCCCAGGACGUCGGGCUAGCGUUUUUACGAACCAAGUCAAAGAUUAUCUAUUAUUGAACAUUUCAAGUUUAUCUGUGAAGCACAUGAAGCUAUCGUUUGAGUUUAUAAACUUCUAUUUCAUGCAUGAUUCGAAUGGAUCUUUGCGAGUGUGAGUUCUAGGAGAAUGUUUGUGUCGUGAUGAGCAUGAAUUGCUCACUAGGAGUCGCUAACAGUGUUGCCAGGUCUCGCGAGACAAAUAAGCAAACAGGCCUGUGAAAAAAAAGCUUUUUCGACUUUUUCUACGGAGCCCCCCUAGGUUCUGGGAAGAGAAAAAUAAAUAAACUCUGGGUACAGAUUGUCAAUUUAUAUCCAUGUGGACCGAUUGGUAAACCGUGCGCAGUUUUACAAAACUGCAAACUGUUUAUUUAUUUUGUGGGUGGGAAAAAACUCUGCUGUCUCCUGUGUGUAUGGGGAAACGGUAGGGGCAGAGAGAACAGGCUAGACUACAUUUAAAUAACAUGUAGAAAAUUAUCUGCUUGAUAAAUUAUUAUGGAGCUGGGAACAAGCCCAAUUAAGCAACUACACUUUAGA